AUUUCAAGUUGUGAGGGUGUGUCUUGGUGGCGGCUGGCGGGAAAGUGAUUAAAAGACUACUGGUGUUACAGACGCCACAGAAUUGUUUGAGCGGCCUCCAGUCAGUACGUGCUAUCUUACAUGAUCUCAAGCCGUCUAAACUACCCAAAGUCCUUGCAUAUCGGUUUGAAGCUGUGCAAAGCUGCCAAACCCGCCUGAAGUCAGCAGCUCUCGACUUGCAUAAAGCCUCUGACGUCACUUCUAGUCAACUGCGCAACUUCCGCCUGACCCCUCAAUCCAAAUGGCGGCCAUGGUCCCCAGCAAGAACCUCCAGCUCUCCUCCUGGGUGCUGGUCUGGUUCUACGUCACAGCAGCCGUCUGCACCUGGGACGCGACUUUCAUCAUGCUCCGGCCCUACACCCUGCCUGGAGGCUCCCUGGCCUGGUUCUGGUAUGUCUACAAGUACUAUGUCACCGUGGAUCAGCGGUACCAAGACACCAAGGACGCUUUCGUCUUUGCCCAGAGCUUCUGCACGGGCGGCGUCUACCGCCGAGGCAACACGGCGCUGCAGGAGUUCAUUCUGGUCGUGCUGCCCAACAUCGUCUGGGUCAUCAUUCCCCUCGGGGUCAUGGCCGAGCUGUGGGGAUGUCUGACCCCUCAGGGUCAAGGUCAGGCAGCUUUCAAAGGCGUCGGCGUUGACAACAACAGCAGCAACAACAGCAGCAACAGCAGCAACAGCAGCAAUAACAAAGUCAAUGGCGUCACCAGCGGGCAUUCUUAUGGGGCGACCGCAAAGAAAGCUCUAUGAGAAAGCUUCUGGUUUCGCUUCAUAAUCCACGUAUUCUUCCUUUUUCUUUUUUACCCUUCCUUUAUUAUUCAUUCUGGAUCUGCCAUUCUUCCGUCCUCCUCCUGUCUUUAUUUCUUCAUUUUCUGUCUUUUUCAUUUUUGCUUUUGUUUUCUUUUAUCAUUAUCUGUUGAGACGAACGGCUUAAACGUCUCUUUUUUCAUCUAAAGCCUUUCUUGCUAUCUUUUGCAAGUACCAUCUUUCUCCUCACAUGACUUUCCUCGGCCCCUCUCAAAUUUACCUUUACUUCCUUUCCACUUCACUUCAUUUCGCCUCAUUCCGACUGCCUCCAGUUUGGAUACCCCCCCCCCCCCCCACACACACACACACACUCAUACAAUUUUUCGAUCUUCGUUCGGUUGUUUGAAAUUUCGUCUAAAAAAA